UGAAUAAGAGCAGCCCUGCCUUCCUUGUUCUAACUGCUUUUUAUUUUCCUGUCGUGGUUUUUAGUGUCUAUUCUUAACUCUGAGGUGGCAGCAGUUUUGAGUGCUAUAAAGAGGAUCAUAUAAAGAAUGUCUACAUAUUUGAAUGGUUUGAUGAAUGAUUAUGAAUCAAAUAAUAUACCGAUUUAGCUACUAGAAAAUCUAGAAGUCUAUAUCAAGAAGUCUAACUUCUGACUUACGAUGCCUGGAUGUUUCAUUCAUGUUUGGCUGUUUUUCUUUGCUGUAUUGGUGAGAGAAAUUAAAGUCAAAGAAGUGAAGACGGGCCUAUACAGUCGUGUUGAGCUCACUGGAGAGGAACUUGAUCAAAAUACUGCAGAUUCUCUGAAGUCAGUGGAAUGGACCAAACAAAAUGGAUCGAUAACAUGUCUAUGUAUUUCAAAAACAAAUACAUUCAAUGCUUCAUACAGUCAAUGCUGUGGAACGGCUCAUUUCUAUUUAAACAACAACACCCUCAUUCUGGAGAGAGUGACAGCCAGGGAUGAAGGAGUCUUCAUUGAAACUAUAGUUACAGGAAAUGGAACUACAAAACGCCUAAACUUUACAUUAAUUAUUCAAUAUCCUCCAAAUGCAACAGAAAUUGUGGUCUCCUGGACCUCCAGCACAUCUGUGGCUCUCAAGUGUGAAGUGAGCGGUUUAUUCCUGCAUCUGAUGUGGAAGAGAGAAGGAGUCCCUAUUCUAGAGAAACACAGACACUCGUUCAGUGAGAGGAACCAAACUCUACACAUCAGCAACAUAACCAGCUCUGAGUACGGCACGUACAGCUGUAUUGCUUCAAAUGCAUAUGGAGAAUCAGAAAAGCACACAUAUAUUACCAGUGGAAACUCAACUGUCAACCAAGGAAAUGGCACUAGAUAUAAAACUCAGUUUGAUCAAACUGUGCUUUCAAGUGGACUUACACUCACCGGUGUUUUGGGACUAUGCAUCGUGUUCUACUGCCUUUACAAAUACCAUCACAGGGAUGCAGGCAAUGUCCAUGGAAUUUAUCAGGAAGUACCUGACUCUGAAGAGGUGACUUCCAUCUUGUACGUCUACACAGACUUCAUUAAGCCGAAAGAGAGCAGUCAGGCCUCCGCUGCAGCGCAACACUUUGAGGAGUUUGGUAACUCUGAGGUUGGAGCCAUAGGCAGGGAAGAAACCGUCGUUCUGUACUGGGUCACUAAUGAUCAGUCCACAGCAUGUCCUGAAACUGGAGAGGACAAAUGAUAUUCUACAAUAUUCCAUUAAAUAAUAAUAAUUGCUUUUCACAAUCUACAAAUGCUGAGCACUUUAGAUCUGUAGCGGAGGGCCAGAAAUCCGACACACCGCCUGCUUCACGAACAGCCACUGCUGAAUUAGAAAGACUCACUUUGGACUGAAGUCUCCUUUGUGGCCUAUUUUCAUACAUCCUGUUUCGUUCUUAGCUGUUGUGUCACCAGUUGUAGCUGUGAAGUUACAUUCUGUUACGCAUGUCAGAUUGUAUGAAUUCUUCAUAUGUUUAUGUUUAGCAGACUUGUUUUAAAGGGUAAAACCAGAGGAUGAUGGGUUUCCUUGUUUAACUUCACUUCUUACAUUAACAGAUGUUUUAUGUCACUUUACAUUUAGUAUCAGGGGAUUCAGACUCUAGCUUUUAUUAGGACAUGUACUGUUAAAUAACAGUAGGUAUUGCAUAAAUAUCCAGUUAAAAUAAUACUAAAUUAAACUGAUUCGACACUAUACACCGAAAGGCAUCUGGUGAUUUAGCACAGCAAGAUGACAUUAUAGCCAUAAUCAGUUUUAGACAUUUAAAUACGC